UCUGUGGCUACCCUCCUACCCUCAAGGACAUGGUUAAGCAAAGCAUCUCUAGCUUUUCCUUUAGAGCCUCAGCUUGGGCCAUUGUACUGUAGGAGAUCCAGUUUCCAAGGGUCUUGCUGGGUCUGGUGCUUGGUAGGCCAAAAUCACACAGCAGUGAUUCAUUCAGGCCUUUAUUGCAUCUGUAACAUGGUGGCAUCUAGCAUAUAGGGCCGUAGGGACCCAUCUGAUACAGACACAGCCCAGUGAGAGGCAUAGACCUGUAGACCAUCACAGCAUGAAAUGGUCAGAGAUGAGACAGAGGUACGAACUGAGUAUGUGGGACUAAGCAGAAUUGUCUGGCAAAGCAGCAGCCGAGGACAGCUUUGCAGGAUGAGCAGAUACUAGAAGCCACGGGGAUGCACACUCAAAGAUGGAAGGACACAGAGCCUGGCUUGCCAAAGAGAUAGCUAUUUGGGUCCAUUUCUGUUAGAUGCUGGUCUUGGACUCCAAGAAGCAAAAAUCUGCAAGUGAUUGAGCGUCUGUGAGUGAAGCCAGCAUGUCUCCAUGGAAGUCACCGGGCAGUUCCAGGUCAGUCUUUUGAGGUAGAUAAGUACUGGGGUCCCUGCGGAGCAUACCCCCUACUUGUAGGCAGCCUGGGCUUGGGACUCACAACCUCAGUCACAGGGACAGUUUAUCCAGGUGGCUGUGUAACUUACCCCCGACAGCCACAUGCAGUUUUCCCCUCUAAGUGUUCACAGUAGUCCCUAGGGUGCAAGGAGCUGUGGUUUCCUAAUCUGUAGGAGGCUCUGUAUCUGACAUAGGAGAGGACAUAACUGUGGAAAUCAGUGGGCCCCAGCCAGUCCCCCCACUCCUGCCAGGGUUCUCUGUUCACUAGGGGAAAAUGUAUCUUGCCCCAGAGGUAGGGAAGCACAGUGGCAGGCUCCUGCACACACAGUGGGCUGCAGAGGCCUCUCACCUGAUGCCCUCUGGGCCUGCCUCCCUGAACCAUUGGGCCUUAAUGGCUUCUCUAACCUGGUGGGGGCAGGUUGGCCUACAGCCUCCCAGCUUGGUCCUGGGGAGGGAUUCAUAGGGACCGUGGUGACUUAGAAGUCUUACCAAGAUGCGUCCAGAAUAACCCCAGGAGGGGUGAUAUUCCCAUCUACAGCUUCAAGAGGAAACAGAGAUAAGGCUGUUUUGAGGGGCUCCAGCUUGGUCUAUUGACAUGAGGCCCAGGGCUGCCCCAUGGGAACCCUAGGAAGGUGUUACAUGGGCAACCAUCAGGCCUGGUGGACAUCCUUAGAGUCUUAGCACCCCACCCCUUAUGCACAUGUGCGCGCGCACACACACACACACAGAGAGAGAGAGAGAGAGAGAGAGAGAGAGAGAGAGAGAGAGAGAGAGAAGAGAGAGAGAGAGACCCUGCUUGGCUGGGGUAUAUGGGACCCUCUGAACUGUCUAGCAGUUGGUGAUGGUGGUGUGGUCCUGCUCAAGGGCCCUCCCUGCCUUGGGUUCUGCUCUGGCUCUCUCCUUCCUCGGCCCCUCUGUGUGGCGGGUUCUGAAUUUGGUGCAGUGCAGACUUUCAGCUUAACGAGACAAAUUGAUAUUCCGUGCCAGGCGGAGAUGGAGCAGCAACAGGACGCUCGCUGGGAAAGACGGGCGGGCGGCUCCUAGGUGGGCAGAGAUGGGGGUGGGGAAGGAGGCAGGGAGGCAGCUUUUUCUGGACCUGGCUCUAAGGGCACUCCCCUCCCCUUGCCUUGCCCCUCCUGCACCCACUCAGGCUGACAGGUGUUCCACCAUGCCGGCCUUGAAGGUCCUUCUAUAGGCCACACACAUCCAAGCAGGACGCCACUCCUGAGGUGUGGGGAGGCAUGGCCACAGGGCACCUUGGCUAGUGGAGGAAGUGAGAGAGAGACACCUCAUUCAAUGAGACCCCCCUCCCUCACCUGGCUAUCCGGGCCUUAGCCCCACCUUGUCUGGAAUUAAAGAGGAGUCCACAGGUCUGCCCUGUGAGAUGAGAGAGAAGGUAGUGAGCAGCUGGAUGGGAGAGUCCAUUCCCUCGGACUCCAAAAUGGGAUCACUCUGGACUCCACAGACGCACUAGUCCAGUGCGGUCACCCCCAACUCCUCACAGAUACCUUGGCAGAUACUGGGAAUGUGCUAACACUCCGACAGAGAAAUGGCCUCUUCAAGGGUUCUCCUGACUGGACCCAUCCCCACCCUGGAGCAGGUGAGCACACCCAGGCAGCUUGUGGGGCUGCAGAGGGGUGUAGACAGUGACAUCCAGCAGCUGGCUGGAGAGUCUGUUCCAUAGACCCUGUCACCAUAGGUGCAUUUAGGUGUUCUCCCUUGUGCAGUCUUUCUUCCAGGUAUAGAGCCAUCCUGUCUGCAUCCAGGGAGCCUGGAAGCCCCGACCCUAUCUAACAAAGUAGGAAGUGACUUAGGGAAGGCACAUAAAAACAAUGCCUCCUCCUUUGCUCUCACCGCCCCCUUGCUCGUCCUGGGCUGGGCUCUGACCCUCCCCUUCGCGUGCCCUUGACACGGCCUCCUGUGCGAGGGGAACGGGCCUCUCCCUAGGGCUCUGCGGGCGGCCGCGGAUGCGUCCCGUGGGAGCGAUGCCCAGAGCCGCGCUCCCAGGCGCGGGGUGGUUCGGUCCGCGCUCGCGCCCCUCCCCCGGCGGCCGCGCCCCCCCUCCCCCCCAGCCUCGGGAGCGAUGGUACAGUCUGCGCAGGGACCGGGCGCGCGGGCUGGGCUCAGCGCGGCGCCAGCUGCCGCACCGCGAUUACGGGCUGCCCGCCUGGAACCCGAACCGAUCGCUGGCGAUUGCCUUAGCCAAGAGCUGUCCCGACCAUGUAGAUGCCAGCCCCAGGGAUCAGCAUGGGCCCCACUGAAUGGAGACUCCUGGGUCAGCAUUCCUGAGCCUCUUCGGCCCCUGGACCUCACCCCACUCCUGGGGACACUCCUCAGAGCUCUCCAGUGCUGUCGCCAGCCCACCUCAGCCAUCACCUCCUCCUGGGACUCGAAGUUGACCGCCUCGUGCUACUACCCUCUGGUGAGGGUGUACUGAGGGCAGCCACACACAGCCAUCACCCAGAGGCCCCUUUUCCAGUGCUGACCCUCAGGCCCAGCCUGAGUAGACACUUCAGCAAACAUGGGUGACAUGACCAACAGCGACUUUUACUCCAAAAACCAAAGAAAUGAGUCGAGCCAUGGGGGCGAGUUCGGGUGCACCAUGGAGGAGCUGCGCUCCCUCAUGGAGCUGCGGGGCACCGAGGCUGUGGUCAAGAUCAAGGAGACGUAUGGGGACACUGAAGCCAUCUGCCGGCGCCUCAAAACCUCGCCUGUUGAAGGUUUACCAGGCACUGCUCCAGACUUGGAAAAGAGGAAACAGAUUUUUGGGCAAAACUUCAUACCUCCAAAGAAACCAAAAACCUUCCUGCAGCUGGUGUGGGAAGCGCUACAGGACGUGACACUUAUCAUCCUGGAGAUCGCGGCCAUCAUCUCCCUGGGACUGUCCUUCUACCACCCACCGGGAGAGAGCAAUGAAGGAUGUGCCACGGCCCAGGGUGGGGCAGAGGAUGAAGGUGAAGCAGAAGCAGGCUGGAUUGAGGGGGCUGCCAUCCUGCUGUCAGUCAUCUGUGUGGUCCUGGUCACAGCCUUCAAUGACUGGAGUAAGGAGAAACAGUUCCGGGGCCUGCAGAGCCGAAUUGAGCAGGAGCAGAAGUUCACUGUGGUCCGGGCCGGCCAGGUGGUUCAGAUCCCUGUGGCCGAGAUCGUGGUCGGGGACAUUGCCCAGAUCAAAUAUGGUGACCUUCUUCCCGCUGAUGGCCUCUUCAUCCAGGGAAAUGACCUCAAAAUUGAUGAAAGCUCACUCACAGGGGAAUCUGACCAGGUGCGCAAGUCUGUGGAUAAGGACCCCAUGUUGCUGUCAGGAACCCAUGUGAUGGAGGGCUCAGGACGGAUGGUGGUUACUGCUGUGGGUGUGAACUCUCAGACUGGCAUCAUAUUUACCCUGCUUGGGGCUGGUGGUGAAGAGGAAGAGAAGAAAGACAAAAAAGGUGUGAAGAAGGGGGAUGGCCUUCAGAUACCAGCGGCCGACGGCGCAGCGCCUGCAAACGCUGCAGGUAGCGCAAAUGCCAGCCUAGUCAAUGCCAAGCAGCAGGAUGGGGCAGCUGCCAUGGAGAUGCAGCCUCUGAAGAGUGCAGAGGGCGGCGAUGCAGAUGACAAGAAGAAAGCCAACAUGCACAAGAAAGAGAAGUCGGUGCUUCAGGGCAAGCUCACCAAACUGGCUGUGCAGAUAGGCAAGGCGGGCCUGGUGAUGUCGGCCAUCACAGUGAUCAUCCUGGUACUCUACUUCACCGUGGACACCUUCGUGGUCAACAAGAAGCCAUGGCUGACGGAAUGCACACCCGUCUACGUACAGUACUUUGUCAAGUUCUUCAUCAUUGGUGUGACGGUGCUGGUGGUCGCUGUGCCCGAGGGCCUCCCUCUGGCUGUCACCAUCUCACUGGCCUAUUCUGUGAAGAAAAUGAUGAAGGACAACAACCUGGUACGCCACCUGGAUGCCUGUGAGACCAUGGGCAAUGCCACAGCCAUCUGCUCAGACAAGACAGGAACGCUGACCACCAACCGCAUGACCGUGGUCCAGGCCUAUGUCGGUGACGUCCACUACAAGGAGAUCCCCGAUCCCAGCUCCAUCAAUGCCAAGACGCUGGAGCUGCUGGUCAACGCCAUUGCCAUCAACAGCGCCUACACCACCAAGAUCCUUCCCCCAGAAAAAGAGGGAGCCCUGCCCCGGCAGGUGGGCAACAAGACAGAGUGCGGCCUGCUGGGCUUUGUGCUGGACUUGAGGCAGGACUACGAGCCGGUGCGCAGCCAGAUGCCAGAGGAGAAGCUGUAUAAGGUGUACACCUUCAACUCCGUGCGCAAGUCCAUGAGCACCGUCAUCAAGAUGCCCGACGAGAGCUUCCGCAUGUACAGCAAGGGCGCCUCGGAGAUUGUGCUCAAAAAGUGCUGCAAGAUCCUCAGUGGGGCAGGGGAAGCCCGUGUCUUCCGGCCCCGAGACAGGGAUGAGAUGGUUAAGAAGGUGAUUGAGCCCAUGGCCUGUGACGGGCUCCGUACCAUCUGCGUGGCCUAUCGUGACUUCCCCAGCAGCCCUGAGCCUGACUGGGACAAUGAGAAUGACAUUCUCAAUGAACUCACGUGCAUCUGCGUGGUGGGCAUCGAAGACCCAGUACGACCUGAGGUCCCAGAAGCCAUCCGCAAGUGCCAGCGGGCAGGUAUCACAGUCCGCAUGGUCACCGGUGACAAUAUCAACACAGCCCGGGCCAUCGCCAUCAAGUGUGGCAUUAUCCACCCUGGAGAGGACUUCCUGUGCCUGGAAGGCAAAGAAUUCAAUCGGAGGAUUCGCAACGAGAAGGGGGAGAUUGAGCAGGAGCGGAUUGACAAGAUCUGGCCAAAGCUGAGGGUGCUGGCUCGCUCCUCGCCCACGGAUAAGCACACGCUGGUCAAAGGCAUCAUCGACAGUACACACACUGAGCAGCGGCAGGUGGUGGCUGUGACAGGGGAUGGGACCAACGACGGGCCUGCUCUCAAGAAGGCAGAUGUGGGCUUCGCAAUGGGCAUCGCAGGCACAGAUGUGGCCAAGGAGGCCUCAGACAUCAUCCUGACAGAUGACAACUUCAGCAGCAUCGUCAAGGCAGUGAUGUGGGGCCGUAACGUCUAUGACAGCAUAUCCAAAUUCCUGCAGUUCCAGCUGACUGUCAACGUGGUGGCGGUGAUCGUGGCCUUCACGGGCGCCUGCAUUACACAGGACUCCCCUCUCAAGGCUGUGCAGAUGCUCUGGGUGAACCUCAUCAUGGACACGUUUGCCUCCCUGGCCCUGGCCACAGAGCCACCUACGGAGACUCUGCUUCUGAGGAAACCGUACGGUCGCAACAAGCCGCUCAUCUCGAGGACCAUGAUGAAGAACAUCCUGGGCCACGCCGUCUACCAGCUCACCCUCAUCUUCACCCUGCUCUUCGUGGGUGAGAAGAUGUUCCAGAUCGACAGCGGAAGGAACGCCCCGCUGCACUCACCACCCUCAGAGCACUACACCAUCAUCUUCAACACCUUCGUCAUGAUGCAGCUUUUCAACGAGAUCAACGCCCGCAAGAUCCACGGCGAGCGCAACGUCUUUGACGGGAUCUUCCGGAACCCCAUCUUCUGCACCAUCGUUCUUGGCACUUUCGCCAUCCAGAUAGUGAUCGUGCAGUUUGGCGGGAAGCCCUUCAGCUGCUCCCCACUCCAGCUGGACCAGUGGAUGUGGUGCAUCUUCAUAGGCCUGGGAGAGCUCGUCUGGGGCCAGGUCAUCGCCACCAUCCCUACCAGCAGGCUCAAGUUCCUGAAAGAGGCAGGGCGUCUAACACAGAAGGAGGAGAUCCCCGAGGAGGAGUUAAAUGAGGAUGUGGAAGAGAUAGACCACGCAGAGCGGGAGCUUCGCCGUGGCCAGAUCCUGUGGUUCCGGGGCCUGAAUCGGAUCCAGACACAGAUCCGCGUCGUGAAGGCGUUCCGUAGCUCUCUCUAUGAAGGGUUAGAAAAACCCGAGUCUCGAACCUCCAUCCAUAACUUCAUGGCUCAUCCUGAAUUCCGGAUCGAAGAUUCCCAGCCCCACAUCCCCCUCAUCGAUGACACCGACCUGGAAGAAGAUGCCGCGCUCAAGCAGAACUCGAGCCCGCCGUCCUCGCUCAACAAGAACAAUAGCGCCAUCGACAGCGGGAUCAACCUGACGACCGACACGAGCAAAUCAGCUACCUCUUCAAGUCCAGGGAGCCCCAUCCACAGCCUGGAGACGUCGCUUUAGCUGAGGCCCCUGUCGCCUGGCCACGCUCAUGGACCCGCCGCCACCCGCCUCCAGGCGCACACCCUUCCAGGCACCAACUCCCCGACACAGCAAGGAGCACUGGGCGGAACCCACACAGCAGAGAGGGAACCAGACCUUUCUCUGGCAGCCAUGCUGUUUGAACUCUUUUUCACUCCUUAGGCCUUGGGCGGGGUUGCCCUGGGGUCAUCUGGAGCAGAGAGUGGCGUGGAUUUUUUUUUCUCCAAAACAUAAAAAAUAAUAAUAACGAAUUAAUUAAAAAAAAAAAGAGCCUUUCCAGGCUCCAGCCCAGACACGGACCAGCCAUGCACCCGCCGGCCACCGUGGCCCCAGCAUGAAUGUACCUGGACACUAUUAAUCCCCUCCCUCAUUUGGUUCUUGGAGGGCUAGGGAGGGGAGUUUUUUGUUUGUUUCCUUAGGCGGGAACUGCAAACAGGAACUGGAACAGAGACUACUGUUCGUUCAGUCCACUGGUCUAUGAGGUUUCAAAUGCUUGCCCAGCAUGGUCUCAAAUGUCUAGAUUAAUUUAAUAACUUUUUGAAAUCACAGAGUAGGUUUGCACCAAUGAAACCCAAGAACUCCACAGACACUCACGAGGUUAUAUCCGUUUCUUUGUAUCUAUAUCAACGUAUACUUCUUGAAGACUGUAUACGUGCGUAUAGAUAAGUAGAUAUUAUAUAUAUAUAUAUAUACAUAUAUAUACAUGGAUAUAUAAAGUUCCUUUGCCGGCAUGUUGCCUUGUUUCUGCUUAAAUUGCUCUAUUUUAACUUAUGUCCUAAAAGAAGAAUGUAAUUUGUUUACAAACCUGUAGAUAAUGUCUUUGGCUAUUUGUGUGGUUUAAGGACACUGGUGGCCAAGAUGCUUACAAACAGCUCGGGCCCAACAGACACAUCCCCUGGAUUGCAUCCUUGAAGUUUUACGAUAGCCAUGCUCUGAUUUUUGCCUGCUAUUUCCGUUCAAUAAUGUCACUACUGUGGGAAGCUCAGGCAGAAAGCCAACGGCUCCCAAGGAUCCACCCUGAGGAGCUAAGCAACGCGCUCGCUCACUCCACCGUAGACAAGGGAGAAGAGGAGAGAAGGCUUCCUGGGUUUGCAACACGGCCGUCCAGGUCUGGUGACGUCAACGUCUGUAGUGCACCCGGAGAAGGAAGACUUUUCUCUCAAUGAAACUCGCUUGAGUUUACAGAGAGCAUUUCAGAACUGAGUUGUCUUUGGCACUGUCUGUGAGUCAAGGUAGUGUUCAGAUAUUACAAAUGCUAUUGUGUUGAAUUUUUUUUUUUUUUUAGUUAGUAAUUUAGAAGUUUCUUUUCUUAUAAACGGCAGCAUAGACACUGCUGACAUACUGGAUGAGGGUUGGUACGGCUUGCUGCUUUUGUUUUUUUUUUUUUUCUUUUUGAAGAAGAAUAGCCUUUUUUCUCUGCACUAUUUAGAUCCGAAUGAACCUUAUAAUGUGUACAUUGAGAUGUAUUCAGUGUGAUUUUUAAACCAAAUUGUCUUCCUGUAGUUACAAUAUAUACUGUAGCCUUUUAACAGCAAGUCCUGCUUUCCCAGACAGAAAGCCAUUCUGAUAUCUUCCCAUAUCACAGGUGAGAAAAGGUGGCUAUCCCCUCUCCCAACAAUAACAGCACUAGUUAUCCCACUUAAUAAGAGCUUGUCUGUCGGCCUCUUACUGCUAAGCACUUUGUGGGUCUCAGCUUUUUUUCAUAAAAGAACUUUUGUAUUUAAUACAAAGUUUGCUUUGAGACUUUUCAGCAUACAAUCUUUUUCCAUAAACUUGUACAGUGCAAAAGACAUUUUGAAUACCAUGACCGAUGAUGUCCCGUGCUUCGAGGAAAUCAAACACUUUCCGCCUCACUUGUGAACUCCAUCCUUCACUCUCUCCCUCCUCACAAUCGCUCCUCCUCGCUCUUCAGCCUGGCCCCCCAGCCCUCCUCCAGGCCCAGAGACCUCUUCACUAAACAAGAUGACAGCCACUUGGGAAAAGAGCCAUAGUCAGCUGGGAGGGCCCACGUCUGGAUGGCUGUGAAAAACUUGAGUUCUUGGUUUGGGCUUCAAAGUCUGCCCAUCCCACCUGGCCAUAAUCUUUCUAUAAGGAAGAAUAUCUCUGAAGGAUUCUGAUUGUAUCCAGGAGAGAGAGAGAGCUACCUCUCCAGCAGGUGGACCAGCCCUAGAUGUACUCACUGGAUUCCAGUACAGACACCACCAGAGCCAGUCCAUAGUACCCCUCCAAGGGAGGGAAGGAAACCCGGGGCUGCCUUGGAACAGGAUAGGUUUUUGGUUUGGUUUUGUUGUUGUUGUUGUUGUUGUUGCUGCUGCUGCUGUUGUUGUUUGAUUGGUUUGGGACUUUUGGUGGGGAGUCCUUUGUCACAUUUUUCAUCCUGCCCUCCUUCAUUCAACCAUGCAUCUAUGACCUCAUUCCAUGCCACCAGGGUUCUUGCUCUUAACAAACCGGGGUCCUCGGGCUUUGGAACCAGGCCUCCAGGGCAAAGAGGAAGGGGUUCUCUGAGCAGAGCCAGGUUCUCAGACAGGAGCAGAGGAAACUAGCAAGGAGGCCUGACAUUAGUGCUGGCUUCCCGGUGUCAGGAAUGAGAGAUAGCCUAUGCCCCAGCCCCUCACUCUCACACUCUUCCAUACACACACACACCUACACAGGAGAUGGUUGGUUUGUCAGAACUCACUGUAAUACACAAGCUUGCACUUCUGCGUCCUAUAUCUAGCAGCAUGGGAUACGUUUGGCAGUUCACCCCAUUAGGGGGUCAAUAAUUUAUGACCAUUCAUCUGUUUUUAUGAAUUUUUUUAUCUAGACAAUAAUUGUAAAUAAAGAAUUCACCGUCUCUGCUCAUUUAAUACUA